CUCGUUAUUGAGGACUAGCAACCUCCAACCAUGCUUGAUUAGAUACAACCAACAUAGCUUCUAUUUGUGUGAUGGGUUUGAGGAAAACCUAAUGCCCUAAACUUUCGAUACAUACUUUUCUACUAAGGCUAUACGUGACUCUAGUAUAAAAACCUCACCACUGCAACUGUUUUUCUCACACACACACUCUCUUUUCACUUUCACUUCCUUAAAUUAGUGGAGUAAUGGCUUCUAUAACACUUGAUGAACUCCACACUUUCCAUGCUGUAGAUCGAGAGCUAUUCACCCAACUAGUCAUAAACUCGAAGAGAGACCCAUCCCAAUCUCUAUUAGUCAUGGCUUUAUGGCUUUGGCUAGAAGAUAAAGGGUACCCUAGUGUCAUACAAAAAAUGUUGAGGCUAUCUGAUUCUUUGGUGGACAAGAUAGCUGAUGAAGCUGUUUUUUGUUUGAAAUAUCUUGAAUCUAAGAGUACUCCCACUAUUAUACCUCCUGAUGGAGGCAUUCCACUUACUGCAGGACUAAUGGAAAGGGAUAUUUCGUUGCGAAUGUUCAAUCAGAACAAGUUCACUGCAAUAAGUGGAGUAAAGAGCUUUCUUAACAAUGUUUGUGCUCGCAUUUUUGCAGAUAUUCUACAUCUUGUUUUGGGGAGCACAUCACAAGAAACCCUAAGGCAGUCUCUUGUUAUCCCAGGAUUUCCCCAUCCAGUAUUUGGUGAUGUUACUAUAAUCAAGUUGCCAUUGGACUAUAGUCUUCCUAUUAGGGAGUUAUGGUGUUGGGAUCGAACCGAGGAUAUUCCUGAAGAUGAUAGAACCAUGUUUCUUACCUUCUCACGGGGCUUUCCAGUUUCGGAAGCAGAAGUAAGGGAACUUUUCACUAGACUUUAUGGAGAUUGUGUGGAUUCUAUUCUCAUGGAACUUGUCCCUGCCAACGAGCAACCAUUGUAUGCACGAAUGGUUCUGCGCUCUGUUACAACCAUUGAUGAAAUUUUAAACGGUAAACCUAUAUCAAAGUUUCGAAUCAAUGGUAAGCACAUUUGGACUCGAAAGUAUGAAAAGAGAGACAUUUUCUGAAGGGAUGGUUAAUCUAGAAAAUUAGUAUGGGUGAUAUCUUUAGUAGAUUUCCCCCCCAUUUUUCUUGUUCUAAUUAUUAUUUGUAAGAGUAUCCAAAUAUUUCCUUAUAAAUGGUUUAUGUUAUAUUACAUCUAUUCAUCUAUAUAAUUGUGCUUAUUUUAAGUAAUUUCGAUCUAGUGCUUGAG